CUGUUACACUGCAUCAUGGAAAGGAAGAUUGCACUGAAGUAUGACCCACAAGUAGAAGAUGAUCUACGCAACUGGAUAGAAGAGGUUACAGGGCUGAGCAUUGGUGCCAACUUUCAGUUGGGAUUAAAGGAUGGUAUAAUUCUAUGCGAACUUAUAAAUAAAUUGCAGCCAGGAUCAGUGAAGAAAAUCAAUCAAUCUAAACUAAAUUGGCAUCAGCUGGAGAACAUUGGGAAUUUUAUAAAGGCCAUCCAAGUUUAUGGUAUGAAGCCACAUGAUAUUUUUGAAGCAAAUGAUCUUUUUGAAAAUGGGAACAUGACUCAAGUACAGACAACACUGGUCGCACUAGCAGGUCUGGCAAAAACCAAAGGAUUCCACACUACAAUUGAUAUUGGCGUCAAAUAUGCAGAAAAGCAAGCAAGGAGCUUUGACGCAGGAAAACUAAAGGCUGGUCAAAGUGUAAUUGGCCUACAGAUGGGAACCAAUAAAUGUGCCAGCCAGGCAGGUAUGACUGCUUAUGGGACUCGAAGACAUCUCUAUGAUCCAAAAAUGCAAACUGAUAAACCAUUUGACCAGACGACAAUUAGCCUACAGAUGGGAACUAACAAAGGGGCCAGUCAGGCUGGAAUGCUGGCACCAGGGACCAGAAGAGACAUUUAUGAUCAGAAGCAUAUAUUACAACCUGUGGACAACUCUACUAUUUCACUACAAAUGGGCACCAACAAAGUGGCUUCCCAGAAGGGGAUGAGUGUGUAUGGGCUUGGACGACAAGUGUAUGACCCCAAAUAUUGUGCUGCGCCAACAGAACCAGUAAUUCAUAAUGGAAGCCAAGGAACAGGAACUAAUGGGUCAGAAAUCAGCGAUAGUGAUUAUCAGGCAGAAUACCCAGAUGACUAUCAUGGAGAGUACCAAGAUGACUAUCAAAGAGAUUACCAUGGUCAGUACAGUGACCAAGGCAUUGAUUACUAGAUUUGCAUCAAAAGCUCAAUAUUAGUCCAUUAUUUUAUUCAGUAAAAAACGAAACUAGCCUUGUGGAAUUGUUACCCAUCUUCCCUACGCACUAUACUUAAUGUACCUAAAAAAAUAUUGCCUUACAUACAUUCCUUUUUCCGCCCUUUCCCUCUCUAGUUGCCUUUAGUGCUGUAACAGUUGUAGUCUACAGCAUAACCAAUAACUGCAUAUGAAGUAAAAAGGAAUACUGUGAAAGGGGGAGUGCUUUUGUACAGCCAGUCUUUUAAUUAAGAACUAUGCAUUUUCAGUCUUCUUACUGAAUAGGCAUUUUACAUACCACAUCAAAGCCUUGUUGUUUUUGUUUUGUUUUUUUACUUAUUUACUGCUUACCAGGUUUCUGCAUGAAAGACAAAGGACUUCCAUGCUUAAAGUUAAUAUGGUCUCUGCCAACUACAUCUAAGAUGCAGCAUUAGUGAUCUAAAAAUCAUUACUUUGUUUCUACAGUAUUGUUUGGUAAUGUUUAAAGUCAUACAUUAGAUACAGUAAAUGUGCAUUUGUGACUAAGUGUAUUCAUUCCAUUAUCUAAACUGACCAGACUCCUAGAAAUAGUUGUCUUACUAAAAAGGGAGCUUGUACAGAGUCUUGAGCCAACAAAGAACCCAUGUUUUGGUGCAUUUACUUUUUAUUGUGCCAUAAUGUAUCCAUGUAGAAAUGCUUUUUUUUCUUUCUUGAACUGUAUUUAUUGCCACACUUCUCAACUGAUCCCAUUGUAUUUUUAUAAAUAAAUAUUUUUUCUUGAAGGUA